AUGUUCGAUCCGUCCGUUCAACGUCCACCAACGCAAGGCGCGUGGAGUCUCAACCGCUUCUGCGCCGCAAGCCCAGAGCCACCGUGUGGCGAAUCCGGGACGGCUCCAACAGUUGCCCAAGAUGCGCCCAUGCUCUUCUCAUUCCGAGCCACGCGAUGCGACGGUCCGUCCUCCAUUCAAGUCUCGCGCACAAAUCACAGGCAGCCGUUUGGGCCGGUCGUCGCGAGCCAGGCUUGGUGCCGCGUCUUCGUCACUACAGUCCAGAGCCGCGUGCGUGGCGAAUCCGGGGACGGCGCCAACGCGCCCAAGCUGCUCGAGAUGCGUCCGUGCUCGUGUUACUCCAAGCCACGCGGUGCGACGUUCCGUCCUCUAUUCAAGGUUCGUCACUGGGUAUGGCGCAGCCCAGAGCCGCGUACGUGGCGAAUCCGGGGACGGCUCCAACGAGCACCAAUUGCCCAAGAUGCGUCCGUGCUCUUGUUACUCCAAGCCACGCGGUGCGACGGUCCGUCCUCCAUUCAAAGUUCACGCACAAAUCAGAGGCAGCCGUUUGGGCCGGUCGUCGCGAGCCAGGCUUGGUGCCGUGUCUUUCUCGUCACUGCAGCCCAGAGCCGCAUACGUGGCGAAUCCGGGGACGGCGCCAACGCGCCCAAGCUGCUCGAGAUGCGUCCACGCAUGUCCGCGCACGCGGUGCGACGUCUUGUCCUGCGUUCAACUCUCGUGCACUACAAAUCAGAGGCAGCCAUGGGCCGGUCGUUCGACUCAAGACGAACUUGCGAGGCAGGCUAG